ACAUCGCGACUGUAGUCGACUCCCACUCCCCCCCCCACCCGGCAGCACAGACGGGCCAUUAUGUGGCCCGGUACCAGCUGGUACCACGGCCGCCUCGUCSUCCUCUGGGCUUCAUUCGCCGCUGCCUCUGGAACAUGGAACUGAAAUCCAAGAAGCAACCUGCGGACGUUCUGCUCGGAUGCAUCGUCGCCUUCUGCUUCUCCACGCCGUGCUGGGCUCAGAGACGUGAGUGCCGACGACCUCUGACCUUUAAAACUGCUCUGCAGAGCAAGUCUUCUAAAAGAAAUGAAGGGAACAUGUUCCAAAUCGAUGAAGACACGGGGAACAUCACAAUGACCAAAGCUGCAGAUAUCGUUGGCCCGAUCAUUCUGACAGUCCUGGCUUCGCAGGUGAACAACAGGGACCAGUUUGCAGUGACUCAGGUGACCAUCGAGGUGAUGAAGAAGAGCAGGAACCCUCCRCGCUUCGAGAAGGAACGAUUCGAGGGGUUCAUCUACAGCAACUCCAUCCCAGAGAGCAUGAUACUCCGAGACCGGACCACCAACAGACCCUUCAGGGUCCGAGCCCGCGACGAAGACUUCGCAACUGUAAGUGACCCCCAUUCAUACRCUCUUCACAGAAAUGAAGGGAACAUGUUCCAAAUCGAUGAAGACACGGGGAACAUCACAAUGACCAAAGCUGCAGAUAUCGUUGGCCCGAUCAUUCUGACAGUCCUGGCUUCGCAGGUGAACAACAGGGACCAGUUUGCAGUGACUCAGGUGACCAUCGAGGUGAUGAAGAAGAGCAGGAACCCUCCRCGCUUCGAGAAGGAACGAUUCGAGGGGUUCAUCUACAGCAACUCCAUCCCAGAGAGCAUGAUACUCCGAGACCGGACCACCAACAGACCCUUCAGGGUCCGAGCCCGCGACGAAGACUUCGCAACUGGAGUGAACCCCGACAUGAAGUAUGAGGUUCAGUACAGCAGCUACGUCAACGUGACUCCCGACGGCUUCGUGAUCCUGAAGAGAGUGGUGAAGACGGAGUCCUUCGCCCUUCAGCUCAGAGCCGUGGAUUCGACCACAGGAGAGUUUGGGUCGGCGGCGCUCUCUGUUCAAGUCAUACCUGCCGUGGCCGUCCCGUCUCCGUCCAGCAUCGGCUAUCGGCCCGGCGACAUGGCGCUGCUCGGCCUCAUCAUGGCGGCUCUCCUGGUUCUCUCCCUCAUCGUGAUUGGCUUCUUGAUUUCCCGCCUGUGGAAGGAAAACACGAGUCUCGAGAAAAUKUGUGAGGUCAGUUUUCAAAAUGCAAAAGAACCGAGAAAAAUCUUCCCAGAUUUCUUCCGACUUUGUUCUCCAGAGUUUCUGAAAAGUUUCUUUGGACUUUGGUUGCUUUUUCUGUCCUCAAACUACCGCCACUGCUCCACCUGCGGCGUCUACGCCAACCACGUCACCAAGGGGAGCCCGUCGGUGCGGCGGAGCAGGAGCGACGGCGACGAGUACGGCAUGAGGUCCAUCCUGUCCAAGCAGCGCCGCAAGGAGGGGCAGAAGACKGUGUGGUUCAAGGAGAGCGAGGAUUCCUCGGACAUCGAGGUGGAGAUCAUCCCCGACUCGGUGGGCCGGGUGGAGGAGGAGACGGAGGAGGAGCUGGAGGUGGAGAUGGAGGGGGUGGUGAGAGACCCCGCCGCCCCGCUCAGAGACCCGGAGAACCAGGGCGACGAGCCGGAUCCGGGAGACGGCUCAGAGAAGAAGGAGCAGGAGGAGGAGCCGCCGAGGUCAGAGGUCAGCCUGAGCUGAACGUUGCUGGGUUUUAUGAAACAGUUCAGACUCUGGUUCCAGGACGGCGUUCCCAGGAUUCCCAGAGCUGCUUCCGAACAGGAACCCACAGAUCGGAGCAGUUUUUAUCCGGAGGUCCUGAAACGCGGCGUCACCGACCGGGACCAGAAACGCUCGGUAGCGAGUUCAAGAUAACCUGGACGCCGCUUCCCUCCAAGUGUUGGGACGAUUUUUAUAUAAAAAACAAAAAA